AUGCCUGGUUUCUCCCAGACCAGCGAUCUGCCUGCCUGGCAGGAGCUCCAGGAGCACCACACCACCGUGGGGCGCAACCUCGUUCUGAAGGAUCAAUUCCAGAGGGACCCCAAGCGCUUCGAGAAGCUCAGCCACAAGUUCGCCAACACGGUAGACAACACGGAGAUCCUCUUCGAUUUCUCCAAGAACUUCCUGACCCAGGAGACCGUCUCUCUCUUGGUGAAGCUUGCUAAGGAGGCCAAGGUUGAGGAGCUCCGUGAUGCCAUGUUCCGUGGUGAGCACAUUAACUUCACUGAGGACCGCGCUGUCUACCACGCUGCUCUGCGCAAUGUCGCCAAUGAGCCCAUGCAGGUGGACGGCAAGAGUGUGGUUGAGGAAGUCAACUCUGUCCUUGAGCAUAUGAAGGAGUUCUCCGAGCAGGUCCGUAGCGGCGAGUGGAAGGGUUACACCGGCAAGAAGAUCAACACCAUUGUCAACAUUGGUAUCGGUGGUUCCGAUCUUGGCCCUGUCAUGGUCACUGAGGCCCUCAAACCCUACGGCCACCCCGACCUCAAGCUACACUUCGUCUCUAACAUUGACGGUACCCAUAUCGCUGAGGCGCUCAAGAACUCUGAUCCCGAGACUACCCUUUUCUUGAUCGCCUCCAAGACCUUCACCACCGCCGAGACCACCACCAAUGCCAACACCGCUAAGUCUUGGUUCCUCCAGACCGCCAAAGAUGAGGCACACAUCGCGAAGCACUUCGUGGCUCUUUCCACCAAUGAGGCCGAGGUCACCAAGUUUGGUAUUGACGCCAAGAACAUGUUUGGAUUCGCGUCUUGGGUCGGUGGCCGUUACUCCGUCUGGAGUGCCAUUGGACUGUCUGUCGCUCUGUACAUUGGUUACGACAACUUCCACCAGUUCCUGGCAGGCGCGCAGGCCAUGGACAAGCACUUCCGGGAGACCCCCCUUGAGAAGAACAUUCCCGCUCUCGGUGGUUUGCUGAGUGUCUGGUACAGCGACUUCUUUGGCGCCCAGACCCACCUGGUUGCUCCCUUCGACCAGUACCUCCACCGCUUCCCCGCUUACCUACAGCAGCUGUCUAUGGAGAGCAACGGUAAGGCUAUCACCCGCACCGGUGAAUACGUCAAGUACACCACCGGUCCCAUUCUGUUCGGUGAGCCUGCCACCAACGCGCAGCACAGCUUCUUCCAGCUCCUGCACCAGGGUACCAAGCUCAUCCCGGCCGACUUCUUGAUGGCCGCUGAGUCCCACAACCCUGUUGAGGGUGGCAAGCACCAGCGCAUGCUGGCUGCCAACUUCCUCGCCCAGUCCGAGGCUCUGAUGGUUGGCAAGACCCCUGCUCAGGUCAAGGCCGAGGGCGCUGCUGAGGAGCUUGUUUCUCACAAGACCUUCCUGGGUAACCGUCCCACCACCUCUAUUCUGGCCCAGAAGAUCACACCGUCCACCCUGGGUGCUCUGAUCACCUACUAUGAGCAUGUCACCUUCACGGAGGGUGCCGUCUGGAACAUCAACUCCUUCGACCAGUGGGGUGUUGAGCUGGGCAAGGCCCUCGCUAAGAACAUCCAGAGCGAACUGGAGACCUCGGGCGCGGGUGCUGACCACGAUAGCUCCACCAGCGCAAAAAUGGUCUCGUCACGCCAAUUGAGCACAUCAUCCGCAGCAGUGGCUCUGCUGUCUUGUGCCGCCUUGUUUCCAACCGGCGCACUUGCGAGUAGGAGUGGUAAUAACGAAGGAUACAAACUUCGAGAAGACAUCCCAGUAUCAUGUCUGAACCGAACAACACAACAGCGCAGACCACAAGAAGGACACACAGCUAAUAGCAAAUCCGCAACCCAGGUCACCGACAGUCUCGGCAAACUCCAAUACGUCCCCUUCGUGACCUGCAAUGAAACCGCCCGCCCUCUCUCCCUCCACUACGGCUUCUCCGAAACAAUCACAUGCACCAUCGCCUCCCUAUCCGACGAGCUUUACCACCUCCUCGAGUUCUACGUCCACUCAGAUGUCCCAAUGACCUGCCGAGUUCCCACAGCACCCCUAACACAAUCCGCCGGUACACCAGAGCACACCGAGAAAGACCCGGACCAGAAGUCUGGAGAAGCAGACUCCCUCUCCGCACUAGCUGACAACGGACCUCCCUUCACGCCGUUCACAAUUGCACUGCAAGGCACCCUCCAGCUGAGCCAUCUGCACAUCUGGACGGACAUGAACGUCGUCAUGCACAACAUGGCCUCAGACGCGGAUGCCGAGCGGACAGACGGUAUCCAGUCUGGACAGCCUGGGUUUACCGUCGGCGGUGUCGCGUACUCAACCCCGGAGUUCGACAAUACCGGCAAGAACCCCAAGCUUGAUGCGGAUGAGGAGGCUGUUGCUCUUGCCCAGGCGGCGCGCGAGCCGUGGACGGCUGGACACGGUACGAAGGUUGUGCGCGGCGAGCCGCUUACUUUCUCGUUCCAUGUUGCGUGGCUGGAGGGCGGUGCGAGCAUUGGGUGGCCGGUGCGACCUGCUUCUGAGUCUUGGUUGGCGUUGGCGACUGGGUCUGGGAAGGGCUCGGGGUCUUUCUUUUCCAAGCUGGUGUUCUUUGUUAUGGCGGCUUCUGUUGGCGCUUUGGUUGCGCUGUUCUGGCAGCGCAAUGCUGGGCGUGGUAGGCCUGCUUGGCAUGGUGAUGGGCUUUUAGGGGGUACACCGGCGCGUGGAUCGAAGAGUCCUGUUACUUUUGGUAAUGGAGGGAAGAUUAAUGGGUACGGUGGUUACUCUUCCCCUGCUAAUGGGGCUGGGAACGGGGUUGGAGGCGGGUAUGGGUUUGCAAGCGGGAAGAAGGAUUGA